AUGGACAGCAGCAGAAUGCAGAUUCCGCUCCGCAACACUACCGACAACAGCAGCAACAAGAAGCGCAUUAGUUUCGCUAAAGAUAUAGACUUUACGUCUGAGAACAAUAAGGCACAGCGUCGCUUGAGAAAGGUAGAAAAACAGAAGAAAAUGAAGGCCGACCUCGCUACUCUCUUCGACCAAUUGACCGACCCCUUGAAGGCUCAGAGUGUGUUCCAUUGGUAUUCGUCGAAUACCGUUUUGCUUUGA